AUGUGGUAUAAUUCUGGCGGCUCAUACACUAGCAUCUUAACUGAUUCUGCAGUUGACACUAUGGGAACGUUGCAUUCACGUUAUUGUGGCCGCAGACCAGAUUGUGAUGGAUUAGUGGAGAGUCAAAACAGUUCGCUUAUAUCAAAUGUAUCAAGUAAGAUUUGUUGUGAAUGGUGCUCUUGUGAUUUGUCUACAUGUAUCAAUUACACUAACGUAGGUGAAUUAAACUGUUGUCCAGAAGUGCUUAAUCUAGUGGACAAUAUUUUCGAAAUGAACAGAUGCAUUCAUCCUCAACUUAAACCUUGGCACCCAGAUACUGGUAUACAACCUGCCAUAGUCAUGACUGAUAAAUGCGCUCAUUCUGAAGCUCCUCUAGAUAUUAUAGACAAAUGUGAACGUAGCACGACUUACAGCAAUUUGGAUACAAAGAUACCAGUGUCUUUUAUUUCGUAUGAUGACGUCAUCACAUACCGUAACCGUUACUGCGCUUAUUGCCACAAUUUGGAUGACGUUCAUCUGACUUACUGGAGACCAAAAAUUGACUGCUUCCAGCAAACAUUUGAUAUCACUGUACUUCCUCUGAACCAAAUUGUUGAAGAGGUACAGAAGUCUGAAAACUGUAAAUUAUAUUUUAUCCCCCCUGCAAACGUGCACCCAUCAUAUUUACAAAAAUGUGGCGGGAACAUUAUUUCAGAAUGCAAUAUGACUGGUCUUUGGAGAGAGUACGACCAUGUGAUGGCCACUGCGUGUUCGGCAUACUACUCGGAGUUUCAAAGUGCUUACAGAAAUAUAUUUUGCUACAUAUGCAACACUGGGCAUGAUUACGAGGCUAAUAUUCCAGUGUGCAUCAGACACGACCAUACUUUUGUUUCCUUUUCCCUCGUGUUGAAGUUUAUACCAUCUGAGAGUCAAAACAAUGAUCAGAAGACAGAUGAGUUUGAAUGUAACAAUGCUAGUAUCUACGAUCUAGUUCAGGAGAAAUGUCUAGCAGUUAAAUGUCUGUUGUCUCAGGCAUAUGUCGACGGAGAAUGUCAGCAAGUUGCCGAGAGGAUUGGAGGAUUUGAGUACAAUGUGUUUCUGAAAGUAACACCAGUUAAAAGCAUUGUUUAUAACUAUGAUGUUGAGGCUGCCUUUAAAUCCUUUUUAAACAAAUGGCUUAGAAAAGCAGGGUUGGAACCUUUCAUUUCGGACUUACAAAUAUCGUGCCGAAAACUUUCAAAUACACAACCAUUCAGUUAUAUCAUAAUUGAAUAUUUCUCGGUUUAUCUUUUAUUAGGUAUGACGGCAUUUUAUUUUGAAACGUACAUGGCAGGCUUUCUGCCUGUCAAAUGGCUCCUCGAACAACACAACCGAAAUCUAUCAGUAAAUGUUAGUGAUACAGAACUUUUCUUAUUCAUUGUACAGUUCGAUACUGGUGACCUUUUAACAAAUGAUACGGGUAUUUCAACGGAAGAAUUUGAACACUAUGUUCCAACACUUCUACCAGUUUUUCUCUGUCCAGUUGUUGAAUUAAACACUUCUUUUUAUAACGUAACAUAUAACACGAUCGGUGUCUUCAUCAAGGAAUAUGAUACUGAAAUCAGAAGAAGCGAGUACAUAAAGACUAAUUCAAGUGUAAUUAUUUGUACAGAAACAUUUAGGCUCCUCACUGAAGCUAAGAGGCUGAAACCAAAACCAACACAGAAAAAUGAUGAAAUGAAUUCAGCGUUGCAAAACACUCCUCAAGGAAUCUUAUCUCUUGUUUGUUCAAGCUUUUCUAUUGUUUGUUCAGCUAUAACUCUCAUUGUUUAUGUGCGAAUAAAAAGCAUUCGUACGCAGCCUGGGAUAAACAACAUAAGUCUGAUUAUGUGCCUAAUUUGUGCACAAGCGUUCUUUCAGUUUGGCAUUGGGCAAUCCGAAAAUACUCCCCUAUACAUAUGUAGCCUACUUGGGGUUCUUAUCCACUACUUUUGGCUUGUAACAAUUCUUUGGAUGAAUGUAUGUUCUUUUCAUAUGUUCAGGGUAUUCUGUCAGUUACGUAGUGUAGAUCAUACUCAGAACGUUCUUAGAACCACGUGUUUCUACUGGUUCUACACUUUAUCCGCCGCGCUGGUCCCUAUUCUUGUUAAUAUUGUCGUUAUGUAUGUGACAAGUGGAGUAAUUGGUUACGGUGGAAAAUUGUGUUAUAUAUCAGAAUACAAAAUGGUUGGGUAUUGCUUUUCCCUCCCUGUUGCAGUUGUUAUUAUAGCAAAUCUUUUUAUGUUUCUUGUUACGAUACAAAGAAUUAGUAGUCAACCGGAAGUGAACAAAGAGCGUCGAGAAGAGAAAAAAUAUUUACUUAUAUAUGCGAAAAUGUCUACUCUGACAGGAGCUACUUGGAUAUUUGGAUUUUUGUACUUUUUCACCAACUUUUCCGCGUUUGAAUACAUAUUCAUCAUCUUAAACGCCGGUCAAGGUAUAUUUCUGUUUCUAUCGUUUGUCUGUAACGCACGUGUUAUGAGGUUGCUUAGAAAAACGGAUCAAAACGAUGCAAACUUGUCGUAA